CUCUCUCUUUUCACGUCUGUUCUGUUUCUGAGUUUCUCUCUUAAGGGACCACCGUACAUCUUAGUUAAGGACCAAUGGCGGUAGAAACGUUUCAUGUCCGUAAACGAGGAGGCAUGGCCGGCGCCGGUGAUAAGGAGACGAUGAAGGUGGUGCCGCUUCUGAAAGAGGUUCAUUUCAGAGGCGUGCGCAAGCGUCCAUGGGGACGAUACGCAGCCGAGAUUCGAGAUCCGUGGACGAAGACGAGGAAGUGGCUAGGUACCUUCGAUACAGCAGAAGAGGCGGCUAGGGCUUACGAUGAAGCUGCGAGGAGUCUCCGUGGGCCUAAGGCUAAGACUAACUUCGGCAACGGAGGUCUGGCUACCACCGGAUCUGUUGCUUCGUCUGGAACUUUCCAGAGGCAGAUGCAGGAUUGGCGUCCAGCGUAUGUUAGUGCUGAUGGUCGGAGCUUGCUUUCCGUUGUUGGAUCUCCGACGGAUGUUCCGGCGAGUUCUGGUUUUACUGGAUAUAAGUUUGAGGCUGUGGAGAUGGUGGUGAGGAACGAAAAGGAGAAAAUGAAGGAGGAGAAGAAAAAGCCUUUCACCUUCGAUCUCAACCUCCCUCCUCCUUUCUUCUGAUCGUAAAUGUAAAUGUAAUUAAUGCUUGCCCUGCCUAGUCGAAAUC